UAAUGUCAAAAUUGUCACCGUAAAAACAUUAUUUAUUAUUGUCGAGUAAUUUUUUAGUUCCUACGCAGAUGAAAUAAUUACCUUGAGCCUAAGCAUUAUUUGCAUGCAUUAAACAACUGUAUCCUAUUUACAGAAUAUGUUGAUUGCGAUAUCAAUAUCACCUAUUUGUGAUUCUAAACGUGUGAGGUAAUCAAUUGAAAUCGUGUAUACGACACCGGCAAAAUGUAUUGCUUACAAUGGCUAAUUCCUGUGCUCUUAAUUCCAAAACCUGUUAACCCUGCAUUAAUUAAUACACACGUUAUGUUUAUGGUGUUAUAUUUGAUAGGAUUUUUUCUUGAGAGGAAACCUUGCACAGUAUGUAGUGUAGUGUUUAUGGCUGCUGUUAUUCUCAUUUGCUACAGUGGCAUUGGUAAUUGUUUAUUUUGGGGCAGUCAGUGUGAAUCGGAGAAGUACGAAACUUAGUACCCAGUCUGAAUCGAAGAAGUACGGAACCUAGUAUAAUCUACAACUACGAUAUCCCAAUGUGCUCAAAAUCAAAAAGUCCAUAUGGUGAGCGAAGUAAACAUUCAGCCAAAUACUUCUGGUGAUAUCACAUUAACCAACAGGGUUACAACAAAUAUUUUUGUAUAUAAAGGUAUUUUUCGUUCAUAUUUUUUAAAAAUUGUUAUUUGAGUCCCUUGUUGAUAUGUGCCGAUUUGUACUUAUUUAACAUUGUUGUGUUGAUUAUUAAAUAGUAUGUGAUUAUUGUACAGUUAUUGUUAGUUAUAUUUAAUAGGUGUAUAUGGAUUGUGAUCACUAUUUAUAGAUAUCAAUUUCACAUAGAAAUGUUUUUAAAUAUCAACUCCUCCUUAAAUACUUUAUAUAAAUCAUUAUCUACAAUGAUUCCUUGUAAAUGAAAAAUUUAUUCUGUUUGGUAUUAACCUCAUUAUGUAUGUAAUACAA